AUGGCAAUUAACUACCUGAUUCUUCUGUCGCGGCAAGGCAAAGUGCGCCUAGCAAAAUGGUUCAUCACUCUGUCACCUAAAGACAAGGCCAAAAUCAUCAAAGAUGUUUCACAACUCGUCCUCUCCCGGCGCACUCGAAUGUGUAACUUUCUUGAGUACAAAGAUUCUAAGGUAGUCUACCGACGAUACGCCUCCUUGUUUUUUAUCGCCGGAUGUUCGUCGACAGACAACGAGCUUAUCACCCUUGAAAUCGUCCAUCGAUAUGUCGAACAAAUGGACAAGUACUAUGGCAAUGUCUGCGAAUUAGACAUCAUCUUCAAUUUUCAAAAGGCGUAUUUUAUAUUAGACGAGCUGCUGCUUGCUGGAGAAUUGCAGGAAAGCAGCAAGAAGAAUGUUCUGCGGUGCAUCAGCCAGCAGGACAGUCUGGAAGAUAUGGAGCUUACAGACGCCCUACAUAAUCAGUUCCUACCUUUAAGCGAGUUCGAAGACGUGACGAACGCGCUCAAUUUUGAUACUCCUGAUUGUCACGUUGUUGGAGGAUGCGAUCUUUACACGACAAAGGCCGCCGGCGGCGAUAAGAAGUUGUAUAAAAACAUCGAGAACUCUUUGGAGUCGCAAUACGAAUCACUUCUUCGACUUUCGGCCUCACUUUCACCUCCCCACGCAUCGAGCGCUGCCGCGUCGCUAAACUUGUCGCGUUCGAGCCCGUUUGGCCCGCUUAGUGAGCACUCAAGCCGGCGAACCUUUGCGUACCUCAUCGCUACUCUAAACGCGAGCCAUCCCGAUUAUGAUUUCUCCCACUUAUUACGGCCCUCAGAUUUCCGUCGCGAGAAGAGCUUGAAAAAGGUCAUGAACUCGAUUGAUGCUACUUUAUUCAAUCUUCGCCCGCAAAUGGCAAAAGAUGUUACGCCGCCUACGCCCUUAACCAGUUCCCCACGCGCCCCCACGAGCGCGCAUUCCUGGGGACCCAGAAUGUGGAAAGUAAUUGAUGAGCAAAUGUCCUUACAGGAAUGUGGCAUCUAUUGUUACUGUCCCGAAGACGACCCUUACGAUGGCGACGACGCGUCGAUAUGGAGUUUGAAUUACUUCUUUUUCAACAAAACACGGAAACGCGUCUGUUAUAUUUACCUUCGCGGAAUUAGCGUUCUCAGUCGUCUAGCAGAUGGAACUGCAACGCCCAUCACAACUAAAAGAAACGUCGAUGAUGGAUACCUAACCCCAGAUUUAGGCGCGCGAAAACGUGCCAGAUAUUGGUUGGGCGAUCGAGCGCUUCCCGAGGCUGAAGCUCUAAGUAGCGACGACGAUGACGAGGAAGUCGAGAUAUCAUCCAGCCCCUCUCGGCCUCUUGUAGACGAGAACGGAGAGUAUACUCUGAGUGAUGAAGAAGAGCGCUCAAGGUCGGGCAGCAAAGCCACCGUUGUUAGAACAAUGAGCGAAGAGGUGGCCGAUUCCAUGGAGUUUUGA